AUGGCCUCUGCGCGCGGUGAGCACGACGCCACGGAUGGCGCCGACUUCGGCUUCCGCCGCGUCGGCGAGCACGAGAAGCCGGGGCUCGUCCGCGACCUCUUCGACCGGGUCGCCGGCCGCUACGACCUGAUGAACGACCUGAUGAGCGGCGGCAUCCAUCGCCUCUGGAAGCGGGAGAUGGUGGCGUGGCUCGCGCCCCGCCCCGGCAUGGCCGUGCUCGAUGUGGCGGGCGGCACCGGCGACAUCGCCCGGCGCGUGCUGGCCGCGAUGGAGGGCCAGGGCCGCGUGAUCGUCUGCGAUGCGAGCGAGCAGAUGGUGGACGCGGGCCGCGAGCGCACCUGGAACGCAGGCAUCGUCGGCGGCAUCGACUGGCUGGUGGGCGAUGCCGAGGCGCUGCCGCUGCCGGCGCGCUCGGUGGAUGCCUGCACGAUCGCCUUCGGCAUUCGCAACCUGACCCGGAUCGAGCGCGCGCUGGCCGAAGCCAGGCGUGUGCUCAGGCCCGGCGGGCGCUUCCUCUGCCUCGAGUUCAGCUCCCGCCCGCCCGCCGGCAUCGAACGCCUGUACAACGCUUAUUCCUUCGCUGUCAUUCCGCUGCUCGGCGCGGCGGUGACCGGCCAGCGCGACGCCUACGCCUAUCUGGUGGAGAGCAUUCGGCGCUUUCCCCCGCCCGAGCUGCUCGCCAGCAUGAUGGGCGACGCCGGCUUCGGCGGCGUGCGCGUGCGCCCGCUCUCGGCCGGCAUCGCCACGCUCCAUUCGGGCUGGCGCAUCUAA